AUGAGAAAUCAGACAGACCUGCUGGCCACUGUCACAGUUUUGGGAGUCCUGGAGCAAGCCUACUUUGUGCUGCAGGUGAUCUAUGCCCGACGCAAGUACAAGAUCUCCCCUCCCGAGACAACAGGUCACCCUGAAUUUGAGCGGAUCUUCAGAGCUCAGGCAAAUUGCUCAGAAUACUUCCCGAUCUUCAUCUCGCUCCUCUGGGUUGCUGGAAUCUUCUUCCAUCAAGGUGUGGCUGCAGGGUGUGGGCUGCUGUACCUCUACACCCGCUUCAAGUAUUUCCAGGGAUACGCCGUGGCUGCGCAGGGACGGUUGGGGCCGCUGUAUGCCAGCGCCUGGCUGCUCUGGCUGCUGCUGGGGCUGGCGGUGGCCGGGCUCCUGGCACACUUCCUGCUGCCCCGCUCCUCGGCAUGGCCAUGGCCGGCAGUGCUGGCAUGGCCCCUCCAGCUGCUCGGCGCCUGGUGA